AUGAAUCGACCACGCUCGAAACCAGAACCGAGGCCUGUCCUCAUAGGCAACAUAUCUGGAUCAACAGGUGAUCGAUUAGACGGGCUCAAGUCAAUGCUCAACGGCGAUGUCACGGUGGACGCCAUCAUAGGGGAUUGGCUCUCUGAAGUCAACUUAGCAAGCAGAGCACUUCAACGACGUAAAUCAACCAAGGCUGGCUAUGAACCUGGAUUUCUUCAUUCUCUCCGUCUCGCCAUAGACGACUACCUACAGUAUCGAAACCCUAAUGUCCGAAUCGCUGUCAACGCCGGUGGUUUGAAUCCGCAAGGGCUAGCUCAGGAAGUGCAAAAGUUGCUCUCUUCUCGAGGUGCCACCAAGAAGGUCGCCUACGUCGUCGGUGACAACCUUCUUCCCGAUUUGGAGUCACUUCAGAUCCAGCCUCUCACCAGAGCAACAGGACCUUUUGACAGUUGGAGACGCAAGUAUCCAGACAUUGUCCUGGCAAAUGCCUAUAUCGGCUGUUGGGGUAUCGUGCAAGCCCUCAACGAUGGUGCCGAUAUUGUAAUCUGUGGUCGAUGUACUGAUGCAAGCACCGUCAUGGGAGUCGCAGCAUGGUGGCAUUCUUGGACAGAGCACGAUGUUCAUCAACUGGCAGGUUCUCUCGUCGCAGGCCACCUUAUCGAGUGUGGCUGUUAUGCUACUGGUGGCAACUUCGGCGGCUUCCAAAAGCUGGCUCCGCGAUACUACAGCCUUUCGUAUCCUGUCGCAGCCAUUUCAGCGGAUGGUACCAGCGUUGUGCAAAAGCACAGCAAUCAGAACGGAAUCGUCACCACCGAUACCCUUCGCGGCCAAUUAGUCUAUGAGCUUCAAGGCAAUUUCUACUACAACCCCGAUGUCAUAGCCGACUUGUCCGGCAUUGCUAUGGAGCAGCUAUCGCAAGAUAAAGUCCGAAUAUCAGGGAUCAAAGGCAGGUCCAUUCCUCCAUACCUCAAGACAAAAUCUUCUAUCGCCAUCAUGGCCAUUGGCGGCUACCAGGCAGAAUUCUCAGUAUAUGUGACUGGACUUGACACAAAAGAGAAAGCCAAGAGCUUCGAAAUCAUGUCACGCAAGAUGAUUGAUGCCGACAAGCUGGACGUACUUGAUUUCCAACUAUACGGUAGCCCCAAGGAAGAUCCACAGAAUCAACUCGAAUCCACGCUACAGCUACGAGUAUUUGCGCAAGCUCAAGACCCCAAAGUACUUACCGCAGGGCGUUUCUUGGGCCCUCUCAUGAGCAAUCAGUUAUCGGGCUAUCCUGGAUUGACAGCAAACUUUGACUUUCGCACCGCGGAGCCCAAGUUGUUCUGUACUUAUUUUCCAGGCUUAGUUCACCAAAACCACGUUCAGCAGGUCGUUCACUAUGUCGAGCCCAACGGCAAAUUGACUCCGUCAUCAGGUUCACCUGUGCGGAAAUUGGUCAAUCUGACCCGUGUCGCUAGCUUGCCUGUCCAGCCUAACUACGACUCUCAAAAUCCAGUAUCUUUAUCUUCUUUUGGCCCUACUGUUCGAUCACCCUUAGGUCUGGCAGUAUAUGCCCGCAGUGGCGACAAGGGUGCCAACGUCAAUGUCGGGUUCUUCUUCCCAAGAGGUCUACACGAUGGAGAGAAAUUUCAGUGGCUGAGAAGCUUCCUCACUACUGAAACCUUGCGCCGACUUCUUGCGGAAGAAGCAACCCCAGAAACAUUUAUCGAGCGUUGCGAAUUCCCCAAUGUGCAUGCAGUCCACUUCGUUAUUCACGGAAUCCUGGGUGCUGGAGUCAGUAGCUCGGUUAAGAUGGAUUCACUUGGAAAGAACUUGGCCGAGUAUCUUCGUGCGAAGCAUGUAGAUAUGCCACAAAAGUUCCUGGCCAAAGAGGCGCUUAUGUAGCUAUAGCCGAAUCGUCGGGAGCCGGGAUAUAGAAUUCAUAAAUGAUCAUUUCAGGGUCGGUUUGAAGCUCGAAUGUGACCAUGUAGAAGGGGGAUAUAUCACAGCUCGAUGUUUCACUGCUUAUCCAAAACCAAGAGUCGUUAAGCAAACCAGCUCACAUGUCUGGAUCAAGCCAAAGUUUUCU